AUGAGUGCAAAAUCGAAGCAAUCCAACAUCAAAAUUGCGGAGGGAGGUAAGAAGGAUCAGUCUGUUGCUGGGUCAAGUAAAAAAAGGAAAGAAAAAACAACUAAUUAUACAGAAGAGAAAGCAAAAAGAAAGGAAGUCGUUGUUUCUGGCUUAUUGGAGCAUGAUGAGUUGGUUGAAAAGUUUGAUAAUAAGGUUUGGGGGGAUAAUGAUGAUGAUGCGGUAAAGUUUGCUAUAUUGUUCUAUAUACAUUCAUUCAUCCUUUCCGAAGAACCAACCACUACUGUUAUUGAUAGGAAAGACUUUGAUUUGGUUGAAUCGGGCAGAUACAUUGACUACCCAUGGGGUAAAAAGGCUUUUGACCUUCUGAUUCUACAUUUGCACACUAAGAUCAAACACGAUGGAAAGUAUUUUAUGUUGUAUGGUUUCCCACUUGCUUUGCAAGUGUGGUUUUAUGAAUGUUGUUCGAAUUUUGAUGAGGAAAUUGCUGUUAAGGUAUCUCAUCACAUCCCUAGGAUACUUAACUGGAAGACAAAAAAAGAUUUCCCUCGUCUAAGCUAUUUUGCUAAGGGCAUGUUCAGAGACGACAACAAUCCGCUUGUUUUUAAGAAUAUAACUCCAACUCCAAUGGAACUCAAGAUUCUUGAAUUACCUCCUGAGUAUGUUCAAUCAGAUUCAUCUCCAACAUAAACAACAACUGCAAAUGCUUCAGACGAUGAUUUUCAGGAUCCUCCAUGUCCAAUAAAUAACAAGGGAAAAGAAAAAGUUGAUACUUGUUUGUCGCCUCCUAAGAAGAAAUCAAGGC